AUGAAAGCAUUACUGUUUCUUUUCUCUCUUGGUUACGUGCUGCCUUUUGCAGUUCCUGAGUACGUUCGUGGAUGUUAUUACACCAACUGGUCCCAGUAUCGGCCUAAAGGAGGAACGUUCUGGCCAGAGGAUAUUGACCCAUUUCUCUGUACCCACGUGUUGUUCUCAUUCGCCCAGGUCAGUCGAACAACUCACACUCUGGAAAUCUAUGAAGAAAACGAUCAUGAUUUGUAUGCGAAAAUCAAUGCACUGAAGAAAAUCAACCCCAAGCUAAAGACCCAGAUUGCUGUUGGUGGUUGGACUCAUGAAGAGAAGGACAGUCCGUUCUCCAAAAUGGUGGCCACUAAAGAAAAACGAGCUAUCUUCAUCAAGUCUUCAAUAAAUACCUUAAGAAACUUCGGCUUCGACGGUCUGGACCUUGACUGGGAGUAUCCAGGUAUGCGUGGUGGUUCACCUAAAAGCGACAAAGGCCGUUUUACACUCCUUUGCCAAGAAUUGAGAGCUGCGUUUGAGGCAGAGGCCAAGGCAUCUGGGAAAGAGCGUCUGCUAUUGACUGCUGCAGUAGCAGCAGGACUUUGGACCAUCAAAGGUGCCUACGAUAUUCAUAAUAUUGCUGAGCCACUUGAUUGGAUCAACCUCAUGACUUACGAUCUCCACGGCACGUGGGAAUAUAAGACUGGACAUCACACCGCCAUGGGUCCAGAAGGUGACAAGCUGACGCUUCCAUUUGCAGUCUGGUACUGGAUGAAUAACAGGGACACCUGGGAGAAGCCGGGAAUCAGAAAAGGUAUGCCAGCUAACAAGAUUGUACUCGGCUUAGCAACAUACGGAAGAGCGUUUGGCCUUGCAAGCCCAUCGACUAAUGGCCUUGAUGUAGCACGUGAUUAUCAGUACACCCCCAAAGGAAAUUAUACCGGUGCUGAAGGAUUCUUGGCUUAUUACGAAAUUUGCAACAGGGGUCUCACAGUAGUGGAAAAUAACAAGGCAGAAGCUCCUUACGGAUAUAAGGAGAAGGACUGGGUGGGAUUCGAUACCCCGAAGAGCUUGAUUUAUAAGAUUGACAACGUAGUGAAAAAGAACUCGCUCCGUGGCGUUAUGUUUUGGGCCAUCGACCUGGACGACUUUGAUGGAACGCAUUGUGGCCAAGGAAAGUACCCACUGAUGAAUGCUGUCAAGAAAUAUCUGACCACUGGGGUUCAGCCAACCUUUCCACCAGCUCCUGUAACCACAAAAGCUUCAACCCCGCCACCAUUCAGUACGCAAGACCCACAGCCUCCCCUUGUGAGUACCCAGGCACCAUCACCGGUUACGACAAACCCAGGUGGUGGAGGCACAGGAGGUCAAUGUAAAGCCACUGGAGCCUGGACUGGCAAUGCUAAUAUGGAUGCCUGGUGCGUGUCAAACUGUGCCGUUGGGAACUGUCCAUCUAGUAUGUGCAAGUGCGAUUAA